AUGGCCAAAGCCUUGGCUGCUCCUGAAAACUACAUUGUUGAAGAGAGUUCAUGCUAUGAUGACUGUAAGGGCUUGCCUGACACCAAAGUGACUGCUGCAAGUGAGGAGAGGACCUCUGGUCAUGAUUUCCUUAUUGGCCAUGUUUACAGGGGUGUGGACACAUUGGGAAAGGAACUUUUCAUGUAUUUUGAUCAGAAAGCUUUGAGGAUUCACUUCGGUAUGAACGGUUCCAUGCACAUUAAUCCUGAUGGAGGCAAAGACAGAAAUGGAGCACUACCAGUGUUGGAGAUACAACUUACAGAGGAUACUGUUUGUUUUUUUGAGGUAACAGUAGAGUACAGAAAUGCAGCUGAGAGUGAGCGGAAGGUGAGAAUAAUGGAAAGCUUGGAUGUCUGUUCUCCAAAGUUUAGCUUUUCAAGAGCAGAAAGUGAGAUUAAGCAACAGAAAAUCCGCAUGUUGUGUGAUGUGUUACUGGAUCAAGCAGUAUUACCUGGAGUGGGAAAUAUUAUAAAAAAUGAAGCGCUAUUUGACAGUGGUCUCCAUCCAGCUGUUAAGGUUUGCCAACUGACAGAUGAGCACAUAUGUCACUUGGUGAAAAUGACACGUGAUUUUACCCUGCUUUUUUAUAAGUGCUGCAAAACUGGGUCUCCGCUCUACAAACACUGCAAAGUAUACAAGCGCCCAGCCUGUGGUCAGUGCAAUGGGAAGAUCACUGUGUGUCGUUUGGGAGAGAAUAACAGGAUGACUUACUUCUGCUCUCAGUGUCAAAAGGUGGAUCCACAGCUUGUCAAUGUUAGCAAACUGCCAACUAGAAAUAGCCUAAUUGGCUGGGCAUAUGGCAGGGGGUCAUGUUCUAAUGAACAUGUAGCUCAGAAAUCUGAAGAGGAGUGGACGUGUAUGCGCUGCACCCUAAUAAACAAGCCUUCUGCUGAAAUUUGUGAUGCCUGUUUGACUUCAAGGCCUGAAG